AUGAACACGCAAUCUACGCCUCCACCGUUGGGGAAGCGCAACAAGACCGUCGCAUGUGUUCAAUGCCGAGAGCGAAAAGUUCGUUGCUCAGGAACGUGUCCCUGCGCGAAUUGUACGCGUCGCUCAACAGACUGUGUGUUUGAGCAGGAAGAUCGCAAGGUUGUCGUGUCAGAGAACUUGCUCAAUGCUUUGAAGCGAAAAGCAGAAGAUUGGGAUGAGGCGCAGAAACAAAAGAGGAACAAAAGCUCGGCGGAUACCAGCACAAAUGCAUUGGCUACUGAGCCUGACCAGAGAACGACUGUCGAUGAUGGCCUACCACAUAUGACUAAUCCUCUACUGACGCCCUCGUCCAAGUAUGUCGUAGACCAUCAAGGCAGGAAACGGUUUCUUGGUCCCUCUUCUACAUGGGCAUAUAGCCAUAAUGUGAUGGGCAUGAUCAGAGACUAUGUCGGUCAGGAAAUCUCCCCUGAAGUACCACUAAAUCAUGAUGGUGUUGCUUUUAACAUUGAGCUACCGAGUAUGAAGCAGACUGAUCUCGCUGUGAAUAUCGAAAGCCUGCCUUCUCUGAACUAUGCCCUUUAUCUCACCAACACGGUCAAGUUUCACAUCGUCCAAACUUACCACCUAUUUGACGAGCAAAAGUUCAUGCCAGCCCUUCAUUCACUAUACAGCGAUGGCCCACCGCCGGUGACCGCUGGAAACAGGAUGUGGUAUGUCCAGUACUUUCUCAUCAUGGCUCUGGGUAAAGGACUACUCACCCGUGGUAUGUCAAAAGCUGGCUCACCGGGGAGUGAGUACUUCAUGAAAGCCAUGGAGCUAUUCCCAGAUACCUACGGACUAUACAUAGAUCCAAUUCUGUCGAUCGAAGUAUGCUGCGGGCUUGCCUUGUAUCUCCAAUCUGUUGAUCACCGCAACAGCGCUUACGUCUACCUUGGAAUGGGUCUUCGUAUAGCACUCAGUCAAGGUCUACACCGUGACAUUGCCAAAGAAUCCUCUGACGACCCUGAAAUAAGGCGAUAUCGCAAUGCAUGGUGGACACUCUACAUCCUCGAUCGCAAAUUCUCAUCCUUAAUGGGCGCUCCAAGCUCUGUUCAGGAUAGUGAUAUUUCCGUGCCAAUCCCAGGAGAUCAGACAACCCCUCGAAGAUCAAGCUCACUUGAGAUGCACAUCAAGCUAUCAAGGCUCAAGACCAAAGUCCUCAACACUAUUUAUGGUAUGGAUGGGAAAUUAGAUGUCUCGUUCCCGAAAAACACAAUGUCUGUUUUGAGGGAACUUGCUGCACUCGGAGUUGAGCUAAACUCAGCGCCUGAUCUGAAGCUGGACAACCAAAGCCCACUAUCGCGCGUCUCUGCAACCCUGAACCUAUGCUAUCACCAGGAAAGUCACUGCAUCGUCCUUGCUACAAGGCCGCUUCUCAUCUGUAUUCUACGAGACAAGCUGGAAAUGAGCAGACAUGAUACCAAUGCCAACUGUGAGAUUGCCGAGCCUGUCAAGGCAUUGGUCAGGACCUGUUACGACUCGGCUCACAAAUCACUCCGCAUUCUGACUACACUCCAGUCACAGGACCUACUAGAGCUCUUUCUCCCCUUCGAUCUCGACCACGCAUUCUCGGCUGGAUUCGUCCUGGCACUUAUAUCCGCUAUCCAGCCCUUCCCAGAUGCAGCCAGCGAGUCUUCUUUUGAGUUAACCCGAAUUAUUCUUGACGCUCUGAUCGCUGGAGGAAAUCUCCCUGCGCAAUUUCGGCGCCAAGGACUUGAGCGCCUCCAUGAUAUGUUGCACCUCAUUGAACAGCGAGAUAUCAUGCCUCGGCUCCAAGACGAAGAAAUUGACCGCAUUCCUGUUCUUGGGGAGCAGGGUAUUUCGCCGAACGAAAUACUCAAUGUUGCCAGUUUACUAGAUGGACGGACAUACGAACUUUGGUGCUGA